AUGCAUCUUCGAACUUAUCCACAGGGCCCCACGAAAGUAACGAGUUUUUGGCUUGCCUUAAACCGAUUAGCAUACGAUGCUGAUGACGACGGCAGCGACGACGAUUCCGAGAACAGCGGCUCUUCGCAACACGCAUUACAGCAAGCGCAGAUUGUGCAAGCCUGGGACAACCUCUAUUCGCAGAAACUACACCGUAACGAAGAUCUCUUGUUCUGCUCGCGUAGUACGGCCGUCGACCUAUCAGUUCUCCAUCCCCCACAAAGCCAGGUGUUCAAACUUUGGCAACUGUACCUUGAGAAUGUCGAUCCAUUAUUGAAGCUCACCCAUACGCCUACCCUCCAGCCACGCAUCAUCGAUGCCGCUAGCGACAUCUCACAUAUCGAUCCACAUUUGGAGGCCCUAAUGUUCUCCAUCUAUUGCAUGGCUAUUUUCAGCCUCAAUCAGGAGCAGUGUCAAUCAUGGUUUGGUAGGCCUAAGCCGGACCUGAUCAGAUCUUACCAGUUGGGUGCAAGGGAGGCGCUGCUCAAUUGUAACUUCUUGAAGUCUAACGAUCGAGAAUGCUUGACAGCCCUUCAUCUCUACCUGGUCUCACUCAAACCAGACACAGACCCACGGUCAUUGUCUUCGAUGCUAGGGGCUGCUGUUCGCAUUGCUCAGCGAAUGGGUAUCGAUGCCGAAUCUGCCAAUUCCAGACAUUGCGUGCUAGAGGCCGAAUUGCGCAGAAGACUAUGGUGGUCUCUCUCACUCUUUGACAACAGGAUGUCUGAAAUGACCGAGAGCAAGUCCACUACAUUAAUCCCGACAUGGGAUUGCAAAGCGCCGCUCAACGUCAACGAUUUCAACUUACGAGUCGAGACCAAGACCCCUCCUGUUGAGUCUGAGGUGGUUUCCGAAGCCUUGUUUCCAGUCAUCCGUAGCCAGAUUGGCGAGUUCAUUCGUCAAAGCCCAUCUCAUUUGGAUUUCAUCAAUCCGGCCCUGAAGUCUUUCUCCAAGAAGGCAUUUGACGCCUCCUAUUCAGGGCUUGACGAGCUUGCCGCUUUUGAGUCAACGAUAGAGCAAAAGUAUCUUACGCGUUGCGAUGCUCAAAACCCGCUGCACUUUCUAACCAUGUGGAUGGCGCGCGCGUCACUCGCAAAAAUCGGAUUUGCACAAUACCUAUCAAACAACUCGAAGGGACUUGCGCAAGGAAGUGAGGAGCAGCGCAACGUUGGUCUUGGAUUUGCGCACCGUAUGCUUGAGUGCGAUACGCUGCUCAUGACCUCACCCCUCAUAGCAAAUUUCCGCUGGGUUGUCUACAUGCACUUCCCGUUCCCUGCCUAUAUUCAUCUCGCCCAAGAGUUGAAAAUACGCCCACUAGGCCAACUCGCAGAUCGAUGGUGGCAGGCAAUGAGCGAGAACUGCGCCGCUCGGUUGAUGGACUUCGAGAAAAAGGACAGCCCGGUGGAGACCAAACCCAACAACCCUUUCUUCACACUCUUUGGGGGGCUUGUUCUACAAGCUUGGUCGGCACGUGAAGCAAUAACGUCCGAACAAUCGGAUCCACCAGCUAUCGUGACGCAAAUCAGACAAAAGAUGGCCCUAAGGGACAAACUAGCGGCAGAGUCGCAAUUCCAGACGCCAGGUCUUGAUGAUCCACAAACGUCCGAGCUCAUUAGUUUGGACAGUCUCGGCUCCCAAUCGAGCGUUACCCGUGGCAGCAUGAAUCUGGGCUGUGUAGCUUUCCCCAUGGAACAAGCUUCGAUGAACUACAAUGGCAAUCCAUGGGAUUGGCCAAUGCCGGCUUGGGCUGGAAUGCCCGGUCAAGGCUGGUGA